AUGUCAAAUAUAGGGCUUAAAGUGCGCCAAGCGGUGCCAUCAAUUGAUCCCAUUGUAUCAGAAUAUGCUACGGGGUAUAUUAAACAUGUUUCAAACUCUAUUGAGGAUAGUGUCGCUGCUCAACAAGUUGAUAUUGGACGGGAAAUGGAUUUCAUCAAAGAUUUGUUAGAAAAUGCUGGAGGUAGCAUAAACAAGGUUGAAUCCUUAGCAAAAUCAAUAAAGGAUGAAUUAGAUAAAAAAUUAGAAGAAAAUAAAGCAAAACUAGAAGUCACAGGAGACACUUCGAAAAGACUAUUGGACAUUAAUCUUUUACGCCAGAACAACUCCAAGAGAGAUAUCAACUCGUCAUUAGCAUUGCUAAAUGCAAGUAAUGAUAUAGAGCAUACAGGAAGGCAAAUGGAAAGUAGAGUCGACAAGAAGAAAUUAGAGAAGCAAGAAAGAAAGAUAGCCAAAAAGGUUGCUAAAAGGAAUAAUCAGUUUGUUCAAUAUGAGGCUUCCAAAUUAUUGAACGAGAAGGACAACGAAGAUUAUGACUCUUUCUAUCUCGAUAUAAAUCCGUUGGACUUCGGCUCUAGCGCUGGAAAGUCGAAAGAUAUUAAGGUCGAAAACUUUGAUUUGUACGUCGGAGAGGGCCAAAGAAUAUUGAGCGACGCUACUCUUACUUUGGCUUAUGGACGUAGAUAUGGUUUGGUUGGCCAAAAUGGUAUCGGUAAAUCAACCUUAUUGAAAGCCUUAGCUAGAAGAGAAUUGGACAUUCCAAAACAUAUCACUAUUUUACACGUGGAGCAAGAAAUUAGAGGAGAUGACACUCUCGCUUUGCAAAGUGUCUUAGACGCUGAUGUGUGGAGAAAGAAAUUGAUAGAGGAAGAGGAGAAAAUAAACGAAAGGAUAAAUGAGAUCGAAAAAGUUAAGAGCCAGUUUGAAGAGGAUUCGAAUGAAGUGAGAAAGCUAGACAAUGAAAGAGACGAUUUGGAAAUGCACUUGCAAGAAAUAACUGAGAAGCUUUAUGAAAUGGAAUCCGAUAAAGCUGAAAGUAGAGCUGCCGCUAUAUUAUAUGGUUUGGGUUUCUCUAAAGAGUCUCAGCUGUUCCCUACAAAGUCAUUUUCUGGUGGUUGGAGAAUGAGAUUAUCAUUAGCUAGAGCAUUAUUCUGUCAGCCUGAUCUUCUACUUUUGGAUGAACCGUCAAAUAUGUUGGAUGUUCCAUCCAUUACCUACUUAGCCAAAUAUUUGCAAGGAUAUAAGUCUACCGUCUUGGUCGUUUCUCACGAUAGAGCAUUUUUAAAUGAAGUCGCAACAGAUAUUAUACAUCAACAUUCCGAGAGACUUGACUACUAUAGAGGCUCUAAUUUCGAUUCAUUCUAUGCUUCUCGUGAAGAAAGGAUAAAAAACCAAAGGCGUGAAUACGAUAAUCAAAUGGCAUAUCGUCAACAUUUGCAGGCUUUCAUUGAUAAAUUUCGUUACAAUGCCGGAAAAGCAGCAGAGGCGCAAUCUAGAAUCAAAAAAUUAGAGAAAUUGCCCAUUUUAGAGCCGCCUGAGGAUGAUAAGGUGGUCACCUUCAAGUUUCCUGAUCCAGAUAAGUUAUCACCACCUAUUUUACAAAUGAAUAACGUCUCUUUCGGUUACACUCCAGAAAAAAUACUUUUAAGAGAUGUCGAUCUAGAUGUUCAAAUGGAUUCCAGAAUAGCAUUUUGUGGCGGUAAUGGUACUGGUAAGACUACUUUAUUAAAAUUGUUGAUGGAAGAUUUGACUCCAUUAGAAGGAACAAUUUCUCGUAAUGGAAGGCUAAGGAUUGGAUAUUUCGCACAGCAUCAUGUUGAUGGUAUGGAUUUAUCUUUGUCAGCUGUUUCAUGGAUGGCACAGAAAUUUCCUGGAAAAUCAGAUGAAGAAUAUAGACGUCAUCUCGGUUCCUUUGGAAUAACAGGGACUCUAGGAAUUCAAAAGAUGCAACUUUUGUCUGGUGGUCAAAAAUCUAGGGUGGCAUUUGCUGCAUUGUGCUUAAACCAACCUCAUAUAUUGGUGCUAGAUGAACCUUCAAAUCACUUGGAUACCCAAGGUUUGGAUGCAUUGGCUGAGGCCCUUCUUAAUUUCAAAGGUGGAAUCCUAAUGGUUUCUCACGACGUUACUAUAAUUAAUAGAGUGUGCAAGGAGAUAUGGGUUAGUGAAGAUGGCACAGUAAAAAGGUUUCCAGGGGAUAUCAAUGCUUACAAGAAACAUAUUCUUGCCGUUGCUGACAAGGCAGGUGUUGUUCAAAAGCAUUAG